UUAAUUUGACAUGAACUUAAAGUUCAUUGGCUAAUAAUUUAAUUUGUCUAAAUUUCAAUGGGCAAUUGGAAUGUACCAUUGAAAAGCUCUUGACAUUAUUUUUCUAAUGAUAUUUAUAUUGUUGAGUUUUGAUCACUGAAAGUGGUCAAAAAAUAGCAUGAAAGUUGAUAUUAUGAAACUCUAUAUAUAUUUUUUCGAUCACUUUCAGUGACCAAACACUACAAAAAAAUGCCGAAAUACCGACGGAAUUACCGGCAGCGAAGCUACCGCCGGCAAUUACUGGCGGCCCAACAACGGCAAACAAGGUGGGUCGUUUUUAGACAUUUACCGUCGACAUUACCGGCGGCAUUUUCGCCGCCGCUAAUUACCGGCGGCUAUUUAUGAAAUACUUUAAUUUAAGUUUAAAUUUAACUAAAUAUACACAUUAGCAACGGCAUUGUCGUUGGUAAUUAGCGGCGGCAUUUUGCCGCCGGUAAAUGUGCAAUUAAAUAAACCCAGAUCCCCUUUUCAUGCACAACCCUUUCCCCUCACCCCUCCCCCCCUCCCUGCCGUGCCUCCCACCCCCAGUCGCCGCCUCGCCCCACCCCCAGCCGCCGCCGCCGUCAGUCCACCGCCGCCGGCCAGCCACCCCUGCAGUUCAACGACGCCGCUGCCGCCACCGCCAUCGCCACCGCUCCGCCGCCGACCACUACCAAUUUGCAAGAAUGAGUGAUAAUCGCAUGUGGAUGUACGCGAGAUACAAUGAUUGUUCUGUAUUUGAAACGGGGCUUGAGAGUUUCCUUGAUUAUGCGAUAAAUCAAACGGCGUAUACAGAUGGAGUAUGUAACAUUAGGUGCCCGUGUAAGACCUCUGGAUGUCUGCCGAAUUCUGGACAGGACUCCAGGCAUACUGGAGUCAGGAGGCUGUUCAGGCCGUUUCCUAGCGAGCACGUGCGAACCGGAUGUCUGAGCCCGAUGGACACGGUACAGGGAUCAGCAGACACGUGGGAGGGUCUCAGUCCACUCGUAUCCUGCAACAGAGCUUGGAGACUGGACUCCCCCCGGUUGCACAGAACUAUAGCACCUUCCUCCGCCUCCACAUGCGCGAGGAUGGAACUUUUCUGUCAGCGAGGGAUGAGAGACUAGAUGCGGAGAUUCGUCGCAUUGCUGUUGAGACUGGGCGAGAGGACCGGCUGCCUGAGAUCUACUUGGAGGUCGUACAGCCCGACAGGUCCCGGCUCUACGGCACUGAAAGUGCCAGUCGGAGCCAGGUCAGUAGGGGGUCUACUCAAAGCACAGACACUUCCGCGAUGUCUCAGCAGCUGUAUGAGACACGGAUCUCCACGCUGGAAGAGCGCCUUCAAGCCGAACAAGCAGCACGUGAGGCCCUCGAGCAGCGUAUGGCUCAAUUCGAGGAGUUCAUGAGGCGGUCAGGUCAGCUACCUUGAGCAGCACUUCAUGUUUUGGAACUAUUAAUUUCAUGUUUUGGACUAUUUAAUUCAUGUUUUAGAACUAAAUUACACUUGCACUUUCUUUUUACAUUUAUGUUAUG